AUGAGCCUUAAUGAAUACGACGUGAUCUUACCCGGUCUCAUGGACAUCGAGGAGACGUUACAACCUGAGAGGCCGCUACUUGUAUCCCAGGAACUUAACCAUCAGCAAUCGGAAGUCGUGGUAAGACGUAAUCAGUCCAAGUACGAUUUUGUUAAAGUACGCGUGUGGGUGGAGGACCACGUGUACGUAUUGUCACGCUAUCUGCUAUGCCGAGCUCUAGUCAGUGCCAAGAUAAAUUCGAGAGAUGCGGUGCAAAUAUCGCUGGACUUGAAGAGGACAUUGGUGGACUUGAACAUUACCGAUAUUGGCCAGGAACAAUUUGAGGACUUUUUGUACAAGACGAUGUUGGUGUUUAGUUAUGGAGAAGCGCAGAUCUCCUGUUAUAGGAUGAUGUCGAGUUUUCAUCGCAAUCGAGUCCCACUGCUUAUUAUGCUGGCGGGAACCGCUUGCAUUGGGAAAUCUACGUUGGCAACGAAAUUGGCUGAUCGCCUCAAUCUUUCCAGCGUCUUGCAGACUGAUCUUAUCUUUGAGCUCAUGUGCAAUUUUUCGGGGCAGAAGAAGACCUCUUACAUUACGACGGUUUUCCCGUCGACUGACGAUCUUAUCGCUGAAUACCAGAAGGAAUGCGAUGUGGUGCGCAAGGGUGUCAAGUCGGACAUUGAUAAGUGCCUUAAGGACGGAAAGUCGCUCAUCAUUGAAGGUUUCCACAUUGAUCCUCGUCUAUACCAGAAGACAAUUGGUGCACCUGAGAAGGAUAGCAACGCAAGUUGUUCGGGUAUCGUCGUUCCUUUCUUACUAACGCUUGACGAAGUCGACCACCGUAACUUUAUGACGAACUCUCCUGACCCGCGAUACCGCAAUGAUCAAAAUGGGAUUGGCUUUCACAACUUACAAGAUGUGCAGAAAUAUUUAGUUUGCCACAGUCUAGAGAAAAGAGUGCUUCCAUUCACCGAGAUUCGCAUUGAUCUCCACUCGUUUCAUGCCACGCUGGACCGCCUUCACGACGUGGUACUUCAACGCAUUGAGGAGGUGUUUGUGAGUAGCAAGUCCGCUUGA